CACACAUAUAUACUGGAUCGAAUGACAUCAGAGAAAGAAAGCAUUAGCCCGACAGAAGUCGAAUCGCAAACAAAAGCGCCUGUCAAAGGAUCUCCUCCUCCAGACCGAGUCAAUCCAUUAGAAAACUGGGAACGUCCCACGGGAUGGAGGUUCUACUUGAUUUAUGUUGGCCUUGCCCUUUGUGUUCUGUUAGCAUCUCUGGAUCAAACCAUUGUAUCUACAGCAUUACCUAGAAUUUCUUCAGACUUUAAUUCAGCUUACGAGAUUGGAUGGGUUGGUGUCGCAUAUAUGCUUACAAACACAUGCUUCCAACCCUUGUAUGGUAAAUUUGCAGACAUCUUCGGUCGAAAGCCUGUCUUCUUGUUCGGUGUUACGGUUUUCUUGAUCGGAAGUAUUGUGUCUGGAGCUGCUCAAAGCAUGACCAUGUUGAUUGUUUUUCGAGCUGUUCAAGGUAUUGGAGCUGGUGGUAUGAUUAGCAGUGUGAUGAUCAUCGUUUCGGAUCUUGUAUCACUCCGCGAUCGUGGCAAAUACCAAGGCAUUAUCGGCGCCAGUUUCGGUAUUGCUUCCGUCAUUGGACCCCUUAUUGGAGGAGCAUUUACCGAUCAUGCUUCUUGGCGAUGGUGCUUUUAUGUCAAUAUACCCUUUGGUGCAGCUACGAUCUUCAUCAUCAUCGUCUUCCUUCAUAUGCCUCGUCCCAAGGACUCUAUGAAACACAAGUUGGCAAGAAUCGAUUACAUUGGAUGCGUCUUCUUGAUUGCUUCUACCAUCUUAAUUUUGUUGCCAUUGCAAUGGGGUGGCAACCAGUAUGCAUGGAACAGUCCAGUGGUCAUUGCCCUUUUCUGUGUAGGAGGAUUUCUACUCAUUUGUCUCAUUGCCAUUGAAGGAUUCUACGCAAAGGAACCUCUGUUGCCUGGACGCAUCUUGAAGCAGCGUUCUGCCAUGGCCAUUUGUGCUGUCCAAUUCUUCUUUGGUAUGAAUUUCUUUGGAGGUGCCAUUUAUUACACACCCAUUUAUUUCCAAGUGGCAAGAGGCGACAGCGCGACAUCAAGUGGUCUUGAAAUGCUCCCACUCAUCUUGGCGGUCGUGGUUUGCUCUACUGGUUCUGGUCUUAUUGCAACUUACACUGGCCAUGUCCGUCCCCUGGUAUGGAUCGGUCUUGCCAUCCAAUGUGUUGGUGGUGGCUUAUUGUCUUUAUUGAAGAUUGAUUCCAACCGUGGCGAAUUGAUUGGUUAUUUACUGGUGAUGGGAGUUGGAUGUGGUCUUACCAUGCAAACCCUUCUCCUUUGCGCUCAAAGUUCCGUCCCAGCCAGAGACAUUGCUGUCAUCACCGCCAUCACUAGUUUCUUCCGUACCGUUGGUGGUGUGUUUGGUAUCGCUAUCUUUGGCAGUUAUUACCAAAACGUCCUUGCUACCCAAUUGGCGACCCUCAAUCUUAACAUAUCGGCCACCGCUUUGGCUCAAGAUUUCACCCUGGUCAAGACCUUACCCGCCGCCACGCGAACUGAAGUCCAAGAAGCCUUUGUUUAUGCCUUGGAUAAGAUGCGAAUUUUGAUCGUCCCCUUUGCUGGCGUUGCAUUCUUCAUCAGUCUGUUCAUUGAACAUCAUGAACUGCGAAGACGCCCUUCCAUCAAAGCCCAACAGCCAGAGACACUGGUUGUCCUUGAUUCAAGAAUUGAAAAUGAAGUGGAAGAUACUUCCUCUGAAAAAGAAGAGUCCACUGAACAAGAGUUUGCUCAUGGUGAAAAGGAAGAAUCUGCUGAAAAAGAUAACACCUCUAUGAAUCUGGAUGACCCCUCCACUGUGGAUGACAAAAACCAACCUGGCACAGUAGCUGCCGCCCAUUAGGCGCGUUCAUUGAGAAAGGUCGGUCCGGGACAUCAGGAAAAUAACCAUUUCAUAGAAAACAGCCCAGCAUACUCCCAGUAAUUAUUUCCGAGCAAGGAGUAGUGAAAAAAAAAAAAAGCUAGCUCUACUUCAUUUAUUUUUUCUUCAACUCCUCGCCUUGCAUUCACUCACACCUAUCUAUCACUGUAAUAUUACCUAUAAUGCAUGCUGCAUCAUCGCUUGAUGGAGGGAAUUAAAUACUUCAUAUUCAUACUUAAUAAAAAUGACCCACCCCGCAUUCAGAAUGUCGAUUCUUUAAUGAUCAUGUUUUCAAUCUGCUCUG